AUGAAUAAAGUUUGUUGGCCUUACUUUGAUCCUGAGUUUGAUACUCUCCCAGAAAGAAUAUAUGGCCCUCCUUGCCGAGUCUGCAUUGACAAUGAAAGCACGGAAGAAUGCACCGUAGUGAAGGUAGAUAGCGUUGACGAGCAGGGUCUACUUCUAGAAGUGGUGCAAGUUUUAACAGACAUGAACCUUCAAAUCUGCAAAAGCUACAUUUCAUCUGAUGCUGGCUGGUUCAUGGAUGUGUUUCAUGUUAGAGAUGAAUAUGGCAACAAACUAACCGACCAGAAAGUCAUCAACAACAUACAGCAGGCCAUAGGAAGAUCAAGAGGGUCACCAUCGCCACCAAACAACAAUAAUAAUAAUAAUUGGUUCAUGAACAAGACCUAUUCCAAGAAGGUUUUUCCAUUGGUUCACCCAAAUGAGCAACACACAGCCAUUGAGAUGACCGGAGCAGACCGUCCCGGCUUGUUUUCCGAGAUCUCCGCCGCCUUAGCCGACCUCCAUUGCAACAUUGUUGAAGCUCAUGCAUGGAGCCAUAACGCCAGGUUAGCAUGUGUUGCUUAUAUUUCAGACCAAUCCACGGACACCGCCAUUGAUGACCCGUGCAGACUCGCCUCUAUUGAGGACCACCUCACCACCGUGCUCCGCGCCACCACCAACCCCAAUAGUGGCGGCACCAAUCACCCUGAUGUCAAGACUUGCGAGUUUCUUGGAGGUGAAGGCACCAUGACCACCAUGGAACGCCGGUUGCACCAGCUUAUGCUUUCGGUAAGGGAUUUUGAGUCUCCUUCGAAAGAGAUGGGAAGGAAAAGGAUGGUGACAAUUGAAAGUUGUGACCAAAAGGGUUACUCAAUUGUGAGCAUUGAGUGCAAGGACCGUCCUAGGCUCAUGUUUGAUACUGUAUGCACCUUAACAGAUAUGCAGUACGUGAUUUUCCAUGCUUCCAUCAGUUCCCAUGCAGGUUAUGCAUUUCAGGAGUAUUUUAUUCGGCAUAUAGACGGAUAUGCUUUGAAUACAGCAGGCGAGAAGGAACGAGUAAUAAAAUGCUUAGAGGCAGCUAUAGAACGCCGGGUUUGUGAGGGUGUUAGGCUAGAGUUGUGUGCAGACAACAGAGUUGGGUUGCUCUCUGACAUAACUCGAGUACUCCGAGAAAAUGGUCUUGCCGUUGUGCGAGCAGAUGUUGAAACCCAUGGAGAGAAAUCCGUUAAUGCUUUUUAUGUCAGGGACAUAUCAGGGAACGAGGUUGAUGUUGAGUACUUCAGUAAGUCAGUGAAGAGAGAAAUGGGUCCAAUUGUGACCCUCCAUGUUAAGAAUGAUACUAGCAGAAGAAAAAUAACCUCGCCUGAAAGGUCCCGUCUCUCAUUCGGAGACAAGCUAAGGUCUCGGAUUGAACGUCUUUCUCAUGGCUUCAUGCUAUAA